UCCCGAACGAGAUGCCACAGCCACAAAAUCCCCUCCUCCUCCUCACCAAACCUAACCUUAUCCGUGGCGUGCGUCUUCGCUGCUUGUGGUCUCCCAAAUGGAAUCCUCUUCCUCGUCAUCUGGAGCACGCUCGUCCUCCCAUGGUGGACCUCCUGGCUAUUCUCCGAACCCUUCCCCAAUUCCUUAUCGUGAGCAGCCGCUAGCAUACGAGCCAUCUGAAGAUUGCCCAUGCCACAAGAAAGCGGCGAGAUGGAUCUCCUGGAGCAACGGAAAUCCUGGUCGUAGGUAUCUGACCUGCCACAGAUCUCGGGUCGGAGGUUGCAGGUGGUGGCGAUGGAUUGAUGACCCUACUACGCCCUUUCUUCGCCAACUUUUGGUCGAUCUGCGUGACGCGGUGAACAACCUCCGGAGGGAGAACACUCAGCUCAGAGGAGUAAAUGCAGACCUGGAAAUGGGGAUUGAGGAUCGAAGCACCCAGAAUAAUGCUUUGCGGGAUGCAUUGCGCAAGAUGAAGGAACAGAAUCAGGCUCUUGAAGAGAAGUUGGGUCAAACUGAAGGCCCGCUGAAUGUGAAAAACAAUGGUCAUCAGAAGCGGAUGCUUUUUAGUGUAGUUCUGAUAGUGAUGAUUGUGUUUUUAGUUAGCAAGCUUGCUGCUUAGUAUGAUUAACUUAGAGAUGCACUGCUUCUGCUGUUGUGCUCUGGAUGUGCAAUAUAUUUACUAUUGUGCU